AAACAGCGCCAAUCGAAAUGUCAAAUGCGAAAGAAUAAACCACAACAAAACAAAUCUUUUUCUACCGAUUUCGUUUAUCUAUUUUCUCUGCAAGAAAGUUAAUUUUGUGCAACAAAAGUAUACGAUUGAAACCCACACCAAAGCGUAAUAUGUCCCUGCAUAGCGAUACAUCCGAAGAUUUAUCGCGCAACUCGGCCGAGAUGGAACUGCUGCCCCCGAUCAACUUUGCCGAUGACAAAUAUCCGUACUGCAUCGUCUGGACACCGAUCCCGGUGCUAACCUGGUUCUUCCCGUUCAUCGGACACAUGGGCAUCGCCAUGUCGAACGGCGUGAUACGCGACUUUGCCGGGCCGUACUUCGUGUCGGAGGACAAUAUGGGGUUCGGCCGGCCGACACGCUACCUGCGGUUGCAUCCGGCUAACGCGUUCGGCGGCACCCAGAACUGGGACGAAUCGGUAAUCAAAGCGUCGGCCACGUACGGUGCGCGAAUGCACAACCUGUUCUGCGACAACUGCCAUUCGCACGUGGGCAUGGCGCUGGCCCUGAUGCGCUACAAAGAGUACACCAACUGGAACAUGGUGGUGCUGGCGUUUUGGAUGUUUUUCAGGGGCAAGUACGUCGGGCUGCGCGGUUUCAUCAAAACCUGGCUGCCGUUCCUAAUUAUACUGACUAUUUGCGCACUGGUUGCGAUGUACUCUAAGUGGACUAUCUAAGCAGGGUGACCUGGGGACGGCACACCGGGGUUUCGGAUGGACGGGGACGAUCGGAUGCGCCGAUUAUUAUUAAAUUUCAUUCCUUAAGGUCCGUCGGUGUUCACAACCGACCGCCGAUGCACCAUGGCGCAGCAGGAAACCGACAACUUACUUCAUUAGGCAUAAAGAUGUGUAACUGAAUGUAUGUAAUAUGAACGAAUAUAUCUAUAAACCCAUCUA